GUCUAACCUUAAACGCGCGAUAGCAGAGUGCGCCAGUUGUAUCGGCGAGUUGCGGGGGUUUCGUAUUUCAUAAUGUCCGUAAAUAUUUCGGUGAGACAGUUCGAUCGCGCGAGUCCUAUGUGAGUGAGACCUUGACUUUAGCACGCGCACGAUAAGCGCUGGAAGCAUCAAGAAACGUACGCAUCCCCGAGAAUCCGAUAAAGUCCUUGUCGCGGGCCGAUCGCUAUCGGUCUACCCGGCUGCGGAAGCUAAUGCGAGAAAAAGAGAGAGAGAGCCAACGAGAGGCACAGUCAAGAAAGAUACAUAGAGAGAGAAAAUCGCUGAACGCAGGUAGACGCGAACGUGCGCGUACGUGAGUGAUCAGUGAAAUUUAAUGAAAUUAACGACACAAUGAAUGAUCUUCGUAUAUCUUGUCAUUCCGUGUAAAUCGACUUUCUUUUUUUUCUACAUUACAGACAGGUUAACAAAGUAGAGAAAGAGAGAGAGAGAGUUACUGACAAGUUAACAAGAAGAGAGAGAGAGUGAGAACGAGAUAACUCGGAAUUUGUCGUGCCAAACUCGGCAGAUUCGCGUCCGAACGUUUUUCUUCCUCCCUAGAAACUUCUUGUUGGAUCGCCCAAUAUCCUCUCCCACUGAUUCUCCCUCGCUCUCUUCCCCGUGACCCCUGUGCGACUGCAGUUUGUUGCUGGAGCGCUACGAGGUGGCCAUUCAGCAGCCGUACAAUUUACGUGUAGUUAACGUGUCCGGGCAGGCACGCGUGUAGCAUGCUGGUGACGCGCGCGUGUGCGUGCAUCCGUCUUCGACUACUCGCAUCGCGCUCGUGAAAGAACCCGGCCCGUAGUGGCGGUCCCUCGGCGGCCGCGACAGUGAGUGAGGAGAGUGUGGAGGGCGACGGGUGGCGGCGACGGCGGCGGUGGUGGUGGCUGUGGCGGUGGCAGCACAAGGGGGGGAGGAGGCCUUUCGCCCCCUUCGCGAGCCAGACGCCGGUAAUGAGUGUUUACACCGCGAGCACGCCGACAGCGAGUAGCGCGGUAUCACCGGCGAUAAGUGCGAUUGCGACAACGACAACGACGGCGGCGACGACGACGACUGCGGCGUCGUCCACGGUAGCGGCAGCAACAGCAAUAACAACGACGACGGCUACGGCGACCACGUCGGCGGCGACGGCGACGACGACGGCUACGUCGUCCACGACGACCGCCGCGUCGCCCGAAGCAGCGACCGGCUGGAUCGAGUUCUGCGAGAGACACGCCCGCGCCUCGGCCUCCGAUUUCGCCAAGGCAUUCUGCGCCUACGUGAGCCUGAACCUGCCCGAGAGCGCCCGCGCCAACCUUUCGCAUCGCGACUUCCUCAGGAAGUUCGUCGAGAGUUUUUGCGAACACUUCGAGAGCGAGUACCUACGUCAUAAUGUGAGGUCACCACCAUUGCAUGAUGCCAAGAGUGCAGCGGCCAAUGAGAAAGAUAUAAACCUUGCAAAUCAGAAUGCCACUAACACACCGGUCCGUGCGUCGUCGCACGAGGAAUUCAGCGAUUAUUCCGAGCACGAGGGAGAGGCGAUGUCGCCGAAACCUAUUCACAAACCAUUCUUCCGCAGACUAUCUUUUAAAGGACUCAAAAAAGGCAAAAGUUUCUUCCACAAACAACAGAGUGAUGAGGUUGAGCUGUCGCACAGUGAACAUCGCAAGGAUAAGCAUUCGAAAGCCAAGUUGUCGAAAAUCGUGGUAGAGUGUAGGAAGGAAGGAAUCGUCAAUUCCUUGAUGGGCGAAAACAUAGACGGUACUCAAAAAUGGGAGAAGUCGCGAUUAGCUCUGAUAAAGGCCAUCGGCGGCUACAUGCUGGAGUUUUACUCGCCGCCAAAAGCGGUGAAGCCGCGAAGCGGCGUCUUUUGCUCGGCAAUCACGGAAGCGCGGGAAACCACGGCGCUCGAGAUGCCAGAUCACGAGAACACGUUCGUUCUAAAAACCCAAAAUAUGGAAUUCGUUAUAGAAGCGCACGACUCGAACGACAUGAGAUCGUGGCUGGCCACGAUCAAGUACUGUAUACGAACGGUGCAGCAGAGUUCAAGCGCUCCCGGUUCUAGUACAGGUGAAUCAAUAGGAGAUUCCCUGGGCCAUGGUUCCUUGACGAUCGGACCCGACAGCGAUCGAUUACGAGCCAAUUCGGCGAGUAAGACCUUCCGAUCGGCUAGUCACGAGCAUGGUGAUGACCAGCAGGGGAAUCCGCCGGAAUUGCCGCCGAGACUCCGAACGCGCAGUAGCAGUAACCUUGAAUUAUGUACCUCUCAGCAAGAAAUCGAGCAAAUGUCUGCUAAUGAAGGUGAACUAGACCUGUCGAGUAGCUUACGAGAGUACCCAUGGUUCCAUGGUACUCUUCCUCGGUCGGACGCUGCGCAGCUUGUGUUACACAGUGCAGCUAACGGUCACGGAGUAUUUCUCGUACGGCAAAGCGAAACAAGGAAAGGCGAAUUCGUAUUGACAUUCAAUUUCCAGGGAAGAGCUAAACACUUACGGAUGACGCUGAACGAUCAAGGUCACUGUCGAGUCCAACACUUGUGCUUUCCCGCGAUAUACGACAUGCUCGAGCAUUUUCGACAGAAUGCGAUACCUCUUGAGUCCGGCGGCACAGCGGAUGUUACUUUAACGGAGUACGUGGUGGCGAACCAUACGCCGCGACCGGUACCGGUGCAUCACAACGUGGCGAGCGCGAGCGUGCAUCAGCCGCAAGAGAGGAGACCGGCGGCGCUCCCGGAGCCCAGAGAAGUACGCACGUACGGUGGUUCUAUAAGAACGCGCAUGGAAUCGUUGGAGCGACUAGAGCAACAGAACAUCGUGGAACAGCAAGGCUCGGCGUCGUCCACUGGCAGAGCGGUUCAGAACACUUAUAGUUUUCUCUGAUAUUGGAUUCGCACUCCAAUUCGCAAUCAACCGUCAGGCUAUAAUCUGGUUAGUCCGACGGAUUGAACACGAACAACAAGUGCGAAAAGCAAAAACGAGAUUUUAUUUUCGCAGUCGCGCGCGUUAUGCUGUGCCGUGCAAAUGUACUCGACCAAGCGCGUCACUUUAUUUAGUACAAAAGUUGUAUUUUUUUUUUCUAUUUCGAGAAGUAAAACAAGAACUCUUCCAAACCCUGUUGACUUUCGUGUAGAAACACUCGACAGUAUACUCUUAUGAUUCGUCAGCAGCGUGUUUGCAUUGCAUUUACAUUAAACGAUAAGCAAAUAGAGAAUAGACUGCCAAACGAAACAAGUCUCAGUUAGCAAUAGUCACUUUGCAGUAUUGUGCAUAAAACUACUCCUCGAAAAUUACUUCCUCCACUCUCUUUCCCUUUUGAACAUGUUACACGAAGCUCUCUUUCGCACGUUUGCAUGUACCAACAGUUUAUCACUUUUUAUCAAGACCGAAUUAACGAAUUAAUCUCCGUCUCUUUGUCCUUGACGAGAAAACGGAGUGGCGUGUAUUUUAAUUUAAAAUCUAACAGAGUUUAAAUUUAACAACGACAAAAAGAAAUGCCCGGUUAUGCGUCGUUUAACUAAUUUAUGAUGUAUAUGUACUUACAAUAACGUAUACCACGCGUAAGACAUGCAUGCACGCGUAGGUGGGAAAUAAUAAUACCUUCCGAAAUCGCGAACUGUUAAACUGCCACGUGUCGCAAUUCUCGAUUCGUGUCUUUGGAUCAACCUGAAAACUUGAAACGCAACGCCAAAGCUAAAAUUUAAUACUAGAAAACCUCGCUUUGUCACCGACACAGUCUGUUACACGAAAUUGCAAUUUCAGCUACAUUGUCGCUAGUCCCGAUGCUUCAUAGGGCGUCGAGUAUAAUAGAAAUUCCCUGUAACCACCAGUAAGUGUAAAACAUGCCGCCCCGCGAUACUCAUAAAUUAUCCUCAAUGCUCGUCAAUGUGUAAAUCUCCGGUUUAUCGGACAAAAUGUGUGAAGGGCGAGAGGAAGAGUGAGAGAUAGAGAGAGAAGGAUGUAAUUAUAUUACGAGUCUGCAUAAAUCGCAGAGACGAAGCGUUUCGAGCUACAGUAAAUAUCGUCCCACGUAUCCUCGCAAGAAUAGCAGCACCGUACUUGAUAAGCAGCGUGUCGAGAAGUGUAUUAACGAACUGCUGUAACGACUAAGGACUAAUCACUAACACUGUAGAGCAAUACGACUGAGUUUGUGCGGAACUCACAGAUUAUUAGAUAAAUGUAUGAAUGAAUGGUAACAUGUACAAUAUAGAGAGAGAAAGCGAAAGCGAGCAAUGAUCGAUGAAAUAUCCGCGAUAUUUGGUGGUACGAGCAUAGGAGCAAGUAUUCUCAGUACGAACCGAACUGAUUACUGUGAUAAGAUCUUUCAUUUUGCGCAGGCAUCGAAUAAUCCCGUAUUGUCAUCCACGCUGGUCUACGUUCUUGUCCGUGGAGAUCAUCGCUGCUACAUUGUCGAUAGACAGAUGUAAAAAUAGAAUUUCCAAUCGCGAUAUUAUUGUAAGAAGAGAGAAAAUUCGUAGAAACGUCGUAGCCAAAUCCGGUGAAUCUAUAUCGCGAAUUCGUUCUUUAGUCAAAGCGCUCGGCGAGAUCAUGCUGUAGGUAGAAUGUAAGCUUAUCCUUCCUGUACUCACACAAUUAAAGCCGACAGUCCACGAGAUAUACCGAGUCUGACAACUAAUAGGCAUUCAACCGUAAUACUUUUUUACUUUAUGUUAAGAAGCAAAGGUGAGAAUAAAAACUGGAUUAUCUGAGAGUA